AUGCUGAAAACAGAAAAAGCCUUCACCUUCAGAAGACUAGUCCAGCAUCUGGAUCCCAAGUUUUCCAAGCUGGAGAGAAUUAACAAGCACAAGCCAUGGAUUGAAACAACCUAUCAUGGUAUAGUCACAGAGAACGACAACACGGUGCUCCUGGACCCCCCUUUGAUAGCCCUGGACAAAGAUGCACCUCUGCGCUUUGCAGAGAGUUUUGAGGUGACAGUCACCAAAGAAGGUGAGAUUUGUGGAUUUAAAAUUCACGGGCAAAACGUUCCCUUUGAAGCAGUGGUAGUGGAUAAAUCCACUGGUGAGGGAAUAAUCCGCUCGAAAGAAAAGCUGGACUGCGAACUGCAGAAGGACUACACCUUCACCAUCCAGGCCUACGACUGUGGAAAGGGUCCAGAUGGAGCCAAUGCAAAAAAAUCCCACAAAGCGACAGUACACAUUCAGGUGAAUGAUGUUAAUGAGUAUGCUCCGGUGUUCAAAGAGAAGUCCUACAAGGCAACGGUUAUUGAAGGGAAGAGGUAUGACAACAUCCUGAAAGUGGAAGCGGUGGAUGCAGAUUGUUCACCUCAGUUCAGCCAGAUUUGCAAUUACGAAAUUGUAACUCCGGAUGUACCUUUUGCUAUUGACAAAGAUGGUUAUAUAAAAAACACAGAAAAGCUGAACUAUGGUAAAGAACAUCAGUAUAAACUGACAGUAACAGCGUAUGACUGUGGGAAGAAGAGAGCUGCUGAGGAUGUGUUGGUUAAAAUUAGCAUUAAGCCUACAUGCAAGCCUGGCUGGCAAGGUUGGAGCAAAAGAAUAGAAUAUGAGCCUGGCACUGGUUCGCUAGCUCUGUUCCCCAGUAUGCGUUUGGAGACAUGUGAUGAACCAAUAACCUCAAUUCAAGCAACGGUUGAACUAGAAACCAACCAUAUUGGUAAAGGCUGUGAUAGAGACACCUACUCCGAGAAAUCCAUUCACAGACUCUGUGGUGCUUCUUCUGGCACAACUGAGCUGCUUCCCCCUCCCAGCAGUGCUGCUAACUGGACGAUAGGACUUCCUACUGAUAAUGGUCACGACAGCGACCAAGUCUUUGAAUUUAAUGGCACACAAGCUGUGAAGAUUCCCGAUGGCGUUGUCACAGUCAAUCUAAAAGAGCCCUUCGUGAUUUCGGUAUGGAUGAGGCAUGGGCCUGGAACCAAAGAGAAGGAGACAAUUCUGUGCAAUUCAGACAAGACAGAUAUGAACCGGCACCACUACGCACUCUAUGUACACAACUGCCGACUUGUUUUCCUCUUCCGCCAAGAUCCUUCAGAGGGAAAAACAUACAAACCUGCUGAAUUUCACUGGAAACUAAAUCAAGUGUGUGACAAAGAUUGGCAUCAUUAUGUCCUCAGUGUUGAAUUUCCUGCAGUAACGCUUUAUGUAGACGGUGUUUCAUAUGAUCCUUUCCCAGUGACUGAAGAUUACCCGCUUCAUCCUUCAAAGAUAGAAACACAGCUAGUGGUUGGCGCAUGUUGGCAAGAAUAUACAGGAAAUGAAAAUGACAAUGAAACUGUGCCCGAGACCUCUGCAGGUGGUGAACUCCACAUGGCUCAGUUUUUCCGAGGCAAUCUGGCGGGCUUGAUGAUUCGUUCCGGUAAACUGGAAAACAAGAAGGUGAUCGAUUGCCUAUAUACUUGCAAAGAGGGACUGGAUUUGCAAAUGGCUGAUGGCGUUGGCAAAGGCGUGAAGGUCCACAUGAACCCAAGCCAGUCAACGCUGACCUUGGAAGGGGAGGAUAUUGACAGGGUUGAUAAGGCCAUGCAGCACAUUUCCUAUCUGAAUUCCCGCCAGUUCCCAACACCUGGGAUUCGGAGGCUUAAAAUCACCAGCGUUGUCAAGUACGUCCUAGUGCUGAAAGAAUGUGCCACUGUACAGCUUCCUGCUGUGGAGGGGUAUGUAAUGGUCUUGCAACCAGAGGAACCAAAAAUCAGCCUCAGUGGCAUCAACCAUUUUGCCCGCUCGGCCUCAGAGUUUGAGAGUUCUGAGGGUGUUUCCCUCUUCCCUGAGCUUCGCAUAAUCAGCACCAUUACGCGGGAGGUGGAGCCAGAGGGAGAUGGAGACGAAGAUCCCACAGUACAAGAGUCUUUGGUGUCUGAAGAGAUCAUGCAUAACCUGGAUACGUGUGAGGUGACGGUGCUAGGAGAGGAACUAAACCAGGAACAAGAAAGCCUGGAGAUUGACAUGACACGAUUACAGCAGAAAGGCAUUGAGAUGAGUAGUUCCAACCUGGGCAUGAUAAUCACAGGGGUUGAUACGAUGGCUAGUUAUGAAGAAGUUUUGCAUUUGAUACGCUACAGAAACUGGCACACCGUUUCUCUCUUUGACAGAAAGUUCAAAUUAGUCUGCUCUGAGCUUAAUGGACGCUAUGUCAGCAAUGAGUUUAAAGUGGAGGUGAAUGUUAUCCACACAGCUAACCCAGCGGAACAUGCUAAUCACAUAGCUGCGCAGCCACAGUUUGUUCAUCCAGUGCAUCAUACGUUUGUUGAUCUCUCCGGUCACAACUUGGCUAACCCUCACCCGUUUUCUGUUGUUCCAAGUACAGCCACGGUGGUGAUUGUCGUUUGUGUCAGUUUCCUGGUUUUUAUGAUUAUUCUGGGAGUGUUCCGAAUCCGAGCUGCACACCAGAGAACGAUGCGCGACCAGGACACUGGAAAGGAAAAUGAGAUGGACUGGGAUGACUCUGCUUUGACCAUCACCGUGAACCCCAUGGAGACUUACGAGGAUCAACACAGCAGUGAAGAGGAAGAGGAGGAAGAGGAAGAAGAAAGUGAAGAUGGAGAAGAAGAUGACAUCACUAGUGCAGAGUCUGAAAGCAGUGAGGAGGAAGAGGGAGAGCAGGAGGAGGACCAACAGAACGUGAAUAGACAGCAGCAGCUGGAAUGGGAUGACUCGACCCUCAGCUAUUGAUUCUAGCUGCUCCCCUCGUCUUUCUGUUUCUGCCCUAGAAGACUCCGCUGUAACACGCUCCAUUGUUACCGAGGAUUCAUGGUGUUUAAAAAAAAAAAAAAAAUAUUCUGGCCAGUAGCUUCAACCCACCCCCACCCCGUGUUUGUGUUCAGCUAGUUCCUGGUGCUGUCCCUAGGGUUGUAGUUAGCACCUCUUCUCCUUCAGCCAGGCCUCAGUGACUGGAUUUUUUUUUUUACGCUAUGUGAGGAACCACCUUGCACUUUUUUCUCCGUGUCAUCUCAGCUAAGUGACUCUACUGAUCUGUAGCCAUUGCACAUGAAUUUCUGGACUGUCUUUUUUUGCUCAGUGAAACAAACUUGGCUUUGUUCCUUUUUCUCGUUCUAAAAGACGCAAAGAAUGCUCGUUGACAAAGGGUAAAGCUGCUCAUUUCAGCCUGUUGAUUUCUUUUAAUUUUUUUUUCCCCAAGUUAGUGCAUGUGUAAAGUGGCAGAAUGACGUUAAUAUGUAGAAGAUUAACAGACUUUUUAAUAUUUUGUAAAUAUAUUGGAAUUAUGUAAUUAUGUCAUUUGUGGUAGUGAAAACAGGGAUUGGGGUUUCAAACAUGCUAAAGUAAAAAAACCAUGCAGCAUGAAAUAUUACGUCUCAUACUACUGCAGCAGGAGCACGGGCACAGUCAUUAGCAUAGAUGCUUCAGUAACACAGUGUCAUUGGCCUUGACUGCCAUGUGCACUCGUGCCCCGCUCUGGUUUUGCUUUAAUUCUUCUUUCUUUAAUCUCCUUUUAUUUUUGCAACGGGAACAGACAAGCUUGUGAGAAGCUGUAAAGGCUUUAGGAACCUCUGCAGACAUUCAACU